AUGAAAAUGAUCAACCUGUACAACCAAGAAUACAACCUAGGGAGACAGAGCUUCACAUUGGCAAUGAAUGCUUUUGGUGACAUGGCCAAUGAAGAGUUCAUACAGGUGAUGAAUGGCCACCAGAACCAGAAGCCCAAGAGGAGAGUGUUCCAGGAACCUUACGCUGCUGAAAUCCCCCCAGCCGUGGAUUGGAGGGAAGAAGGCUAUGUAGCCCCCGUGAAGAACCAGGGUCAUUGUGGUUCUUGUUGGGCAUUUAGUGCAACUGGUGCCCUUGAAGGACAGCUGUUCGGAAAACUGGCAAACUUAUCUCAUUGA